AUGGCUCUCAAGCGCAUUAACAAGGAACUCACUGAUCUCGGCCGGGAUCCCCCGUCCUCCUGCUCUGCCGGACCUGUUGGAGAUGAUUUGUUCCACUGGCAAGCGACCAUUAUGGGCCCUACUGACUCGCCCUACUCUGGUGGUGUCUUCUUCCUCACUAUUCACUUCCCCACCGAUUACCCCUUCAAGCCUCCUAAGGUCAACUUCACGACCCGCAUCUACCAUCCCAAUAUCAACUCCAACGGCAGCAUCUGUCUCGACAUCUUGAGGGACCAAUGGAGCCCCGCUCUCACAAUCUCCAAGGUUCUACUGUCGAUUUGCUCUAUGCUCACAGACCCCAACCCCGAUGACCCGCUGGUGCCCGAGAUCGCGCAUGUCUACAAGACAGACCGUCCACGAUAUGAGGCAACGGCUCGUGAGUGGACUCGCAAGUACGCUAUCUGA